AUAAAGUGCAUCGGGAAGUUCGUCGGUUAUCCACCACUGAUAAUGUUUCACACUAAAUAUGUAGGUUAUAGGUUUUCGAUUAAAUAAAUACGAGGUCACAGUAUGAUAGUAAAUUAAGAGGACGUAAGUUGUCGCAAAUGUGUCCAACAUAACGACCGUCUGACGUGCUUUACGGUUGUCGAAAAUACAAACACGUGUGUGCUGCCUGCGUAUCAACUGUACGGAGAAUACAUCUGCGUCUAUAACUUUAAAAUGGCCAAAAGUCUGCGAAGCAAAUGGAAGCGCAAGAUGCGUGCUGUGAAGAGAGCGAAGAACGCCCCUAAGGAACUGGCUCGGCUGAAGCUAGCCUUGGCCCACGGUGGCACAGGAGAGAUCUCCAUGAAUGACAUUCAGGACAUAGCUACAGUGGUGCCAGCUGGCAAGAUAAAGGAGAAGAAAGUAGAUGUAGACAUGGAGGGAGAGGAAGUCGAUGAUGGAAAGAUGGACAUGGACAGCAAGCGCAGUAAGACGACCCAAUUGGACGAGCACGGACAGUACCCAACAUGGAUGAGCCAACGACAGGCCAAGAAACUGAAAGGCAAACGCAUGACUAAGAAAUCGGGAGGAAAGGCCAACAAAAAAAAGAAGGGCAUUGCCUGGUAGCCUGGAGAAAACCAAAGGACUUCUGACUUAGAACCUGUGACACACAUGAGCCUUGAAUAUCAUGUAUCGGCGAUUGAAUACAUGAUCUUUGUGGACUUGAGUUGCCUUGUGUUCAAGUUAAAUGGUGAUAUGAGGCAAAUGAUCUAUAUUGUGCAACCCAUUGUCUGUAAGCCCAUUUUAAUGUAUGAAAGGAAACAACAGAGUUGUAUUUUUGGCCACAAUGGUAUAGUACUGCAUUGACAUACUUCACUUGAAUGAAAGCCAUGUUUUCUUAUUGCUGUGGUAUACAGAAGAAAAGAUGGUAGAUUCUUUACAUUUUACCCCAAUAAUGCUACCUGUUGUUGGUAGCUCCAUUCCUGUUUGAUUUGCUCUUCCUGUAGCCUAGCCCAUCAUUACAAAGACAUUCAUUAUACAUGUAACAAACUGUCCAUGUAAUCUUCUGGCUGUCACGUUGGAGUAAAUAAAUGUGUUUCUGUACAUUGA